CCAGUGAGUUUACAGGAGUGCUUUUGAACGACACACGUGAAAUGUCCCCGAUAAAGGACUUGGAUAUAAUUUAUCAAGUGCUGAAUGAGGAUGGCACCUUUUCUGCGGGAGACACUAUCAUAGGCACGGUAACUUUCACUCUGACAAAAGGCACUAAGCUUAAGAGUCUUUUUGUUAAAGCCAAAGGAGAUGCACGCGUUCAUUGGAGUGAAGGAACUGGAGACAACAAACAAUCAUACAGUGCGCACAAAAGAUAUUUUAAGGUCAAAGAAUACUUGUUGGAAGAAAAUGGUGAAGGCAACAACCUUCAAGAAGGAGAACAUCAUUUUAAGUUCAGCCUAAGAAUCCCACAUGAGGAUAUGCCACCGUCCUUUAAAGGGGCAAAUGGAAGCAUUAUCUAUGCGCUUGAAGCAAAGGUCUCCAGGAGCUGGCGGUGGCCAUCUACAGCACGAAAAGAACUUAAUUUAGUUUCAAAAUCAUUCCCUUACAUUGAUCAAGCAUUGUGUCCCCAGUCUGGCUCAGUUAAUAAAGAUGUAGGAGUUUUCUCCAAAGGAGAAGUCCAAAUGUCUGCUAGUGUUAACAGAAAGGCUUGCUCUCCAGGUGACACUUUAUCCGUUUUUGCCCAAAUCAACAACUCUUCCUCCAAACAAAUAAAGCCAAAAUUCAGUUUAGAGCAGAAAACGGUGUACCGUGCUGGUGGCUCCACCCACAAUGGCCUUGAAACCCUUUUCAAAAUGGUUUGUGACCCUAUUGAACCAGACACUGAGGAAACAGCUUCCUGUAGUGUGACUGUUCCUGAUACGGCCAUCUACUCUCUCCAUAACUGUGAUAUCCUCUCAGUUGAAUAUCAAAUCAAGGUGUAUUUGGAUAUUAGUUUUGCUGUUGACCCAGAGGUUGUUUUUCCUCUCGUCAUCGUGCCUCCUAGCUUUCCUGGAUUUUGUGAAGAUGUGGAGACUUAUCCAACUGAUGCCAUGGGGGCCCCAAGUGGCAAUGACUUCCCUGCUGCUGGCUUUCCUAUUGGAGUUUAUCCUGUACCCUCAGGCUCUGAUGCUUGUGCAUACCCCACACCACAGCCGACUCAGCAGACAAACAUAACAAAUGGCUAUAACGACCAGGGUCCACAAAAUCCCACUCAAUAUGGGUUUACAGAUGCAGUUAUCAUGCCGCCGUCAGUGCAGUAUCCAUCCCCUGCCGUUCCACCUCAGUAUGAACAGGGACAGGGAUCACCCUCUUAGACUGGCCCCGCUCCCCCUCUCCCAUGACACGGAUGUGGGAUUGGUUUAGAUACAAAAAGGUUCAUUUUAAACACAACUAAUGUGUUCAUAGAUGAUGAUAACAUUACUCAGCCAAUUCAGGGAUGUUGUAGAAUGAAAAUCUGCUCUGCAUCUGUAUCCUUUUUACAGGCCAUUGUAUCACAAAGUUAAACUUUAUUAAAGAAUUGUAUCUUUCUUUUUUAACAAAUGCAAGAUUCUGCAUGAUCACCGUGGUAACAUGCAGAUUUGGUUCUGUGUAGUACACCACAUAAAAGUUUUACAAGAGCAAGCUAUUGUGAGAGAAAAACAAAAACAGCAUAUGACCAAGCAUGGCCCGGAAAGCUGACCCAUUUGUCACAAUAGGAAGAGGGGCUAUCUUAUUCAAAUCGUGGAUCUGUUUUCGUCUCGUAGCAGAUUUAUGUGCUUUAAAACUCAUUUGUAGUCCAUGCACUUGUAGCACAGUACCUAGGAACACUUGUUCUUGCCUGACAAAGUGGUAAACAAAAAGCAUGCAUGAAAUGUGUAUCAUUGUGACUGUUCAGAGUUAUAUACAAAACAUGAAGAAAUAAUAAACAAAUAAGCCCAAUUGAA